AUGCAAGCUGAGGACUGGCUUAAGGCUGUGGACAAGCAGCUGGUCAUUGCUCAGUGCAAUGACUGGGAGAAGGUCUUGUAUGGCUCUAGACAGCUACAGGAAGCCACCCAGGACUGGUGGGACUCUUACUGCUUCGCGCAUCAGGACCCAGACACUAUCACCUGGGAUCAGUUCAAGGCUGCCUUCAAAGCUCAUCAUGUUCCUACCGGUUUAGUGAAGCUAAAGAAGAAGGAGUUUCUGUCUCUCAAACAGGGCUCCAUGACUAUCUGUGAGUAUCGUGACAAGUUCACUCAGUUGAUGCGGUAUUGUCUAAAUGAGGUGGAAAAUGAUGAGGACAAGCAAGAUCACUUCCUGGAGGGUCUGAAUGAUGGCUUAUCCUAUAUGAUGUCGAAUGUCAAGUAUGCUAGCUUCCAAGAGAUGGUGGACAGGGCACUGGUGCUUGAGAGCAAGCGCCGCAAGAUGGAAGACAAGAAGAGGAAGUAUAGUUCCUCUCAGCAACAGGCUGGUGCCAGUCGUCCCCGUUACAACAAUCAACAGGGCCCUCAGUCUCGCUCGGCGUAUCAGUCUGGCAACCAAGGACCACAGCAGAAUGUUAGGUACAACAACCAGAGUCAGCAGACCAGUCAGCGUUACAACAACAAUCAGGUGCAGCGCCCCGCUAGUCAGGCGCCUCGCGAGAAUGCUCCAGCACCAUCAGAAUCUCGCUAG